AUGAGCAUGGACGACCCCGUUGAGAUGAUCCGAGUCCUGCAGCAAAAAAUGGAUGAGAUGCAGCAACGUCAUGAAGGCGAAUUGGCGGCGGUAAAGGCCGACUAUGAAGCCCGGAUAGCCCGGGAGGUUGGAAGGACGGAUGGAGGAGAGGAGAGAGCGAAGGAUAAAGGGAAGGCGGCGGCGGAAGAACGUACGCCUCAAGACACCGAGCGUGAUAGCACUUGGAGGCCUACCGGGUCCGAGGCGGAGGGAAGUAAAGUUAAAUCGGUGCAGGCGGAGAGUGCUGCCGAGGAAAGACGAAUGGUGGUGAAAUCGGAGCCCCCGUCAACUUUGUUACUUCCCUUCACCCGAAACAUAAUGGAUGUUCAAAUUUCGGAACAGUUUGUGGCUCCGCAAUUCAAAAUGUAUAACGGGACGACAGACCCCGAGUCCCAUAUCAAGACGUUCUCUAAUGCAAUGGCAUUCCGAACGGGAAAUGAUGCCAUUUGGUGUCGAGCGUUCUCGCUUUCAUUGGAGGACGAAGCAUUGGAAUGGUUCAACACCCUCCCGCCCAAUUCCAUAGAAAAUUUUGCUGGGUUGAAACAGCUGUUCGUUAAACAAUUCGCGGCCAGUAGUACCCAAGACUUGACCGUAUUCGAGUUAAUGACCCUCAAACAGGGGAAGGAAGAAACGUUGCAGGCGUUCAUGGAUAGAUACCAAAAGACUGUCCGACGCGUGAAAAGCCUGACGCCAGAGCUCGCCCUCCACUACAUCCUACCGGCUCUCAAGCCAGGGCCGUUUAAGGAUAGCGUCUGCAGACGAGCGCCUAAGACGAUGGAAGAGCUGAAAGAGCGGGCGGCAGACGAAAUAAGGGUGGAGGAGAUGAAGCUCUCGUAUAAAAGGGAGAACCAGGAGGCACGGGGAGAAAGGGCGGACGGUGGUAAGUCCAAUUCCUCAGCAGGAAAGCCGCCCGGCCCUAAGCACGGAGAGCAGAGAAGGGGGCCUCGUUUCCAACAGUACACCCCCCUGAACGCCCCAAGGGAGAAAAUCCUUCGGGAAGCGCUGAGCGCGGAUCUGAACCAGGAGACGGAAAAACGCCCAACUCCGAAGGGGGCGGACGGCAGCAAACACUGCGCCUACCACAAAAACAUGGGUCACACCACUGAGGAGUGCGUGACCCUCAAGGAUAAGAUAGAGGAACUCAUCCGGGCAGGAAAGCUUAAGAGGUACGUCCGUGACGAACGUCUUCCACAGACGACGGAACGGCCCGUACAACGGUCGACCUACCGUUCAGACAGAGCGAGAAGCUCAAGGACCGAGCGCCCUCGCUCAGAACGGCGGGCUAGCAGAAGUCGCAGCCGCAGUCGAGAGCGCCCCCUGCGGGGGCACAUCAACACUAUUUCUAGAGGAUUUGCGGGAGGAGGGUCGUCCUCCUCCGCUCGGAAACGCCACGUACGAGCCCUCUAG